AUGACAACUGGUGUUAACGUGAAUGGCAUGGUGUACAAGGCUGUUCACGCCAAGGAAUGCAAGGAGUUUGGUGAUUUGAAGUUUGUCCAGUUUACUUUGAUGCGCAUCGUCAAAGAACCCACUUUUUUGCAUGAUUUGAUCAAGUCUUUGUCGUUUUAUGGUCGUGUCCUGCAGGUGAAGAAGUUCACUCGUGGUGGUUUCUUUGAGGGCAAGUUUUCGGUGAUGGUGGAUACCUCGGUGGGAUAUCAGGUAGAGGGUGGUGAGUGGCAGGAGGCUCAACCUCUAGAUAGAAUGCUCUAUCUCAGCGAGUUUGAUUUCUUUGUCGCAGCGACAUAUAAGGGUGCUCCUCCUGUUUGUCAUUUCUGUCGUCAUAGUGGUCAUGUCCGCGCUAAAUGUCCUGAGUUGCUCCAGCGUAGAUGUUAUGGAUGUGGAAAGCAUGGUCACAUGUUGCGUUUUUGUCCUAAUAAGGAGGAUCAAUCUGGUGCCAAGAAGCAAAAGGUGGAUCAUCAACUGAAGGAUUCGGAGGAGCUAGGAGCAGGUAGGGAAGUGGAAGAGAAAGUCGAAGAAGAAGAACUCGAGUCUGUAGUAGACGAAGAGGAAGAAUCUCUUCAGGGUGUUGUUGAUGGUGUUGACGCGUCUGAAAAUGACAAGUCCACUAAAAGUGAUAAUUUGGAGGUGCAAAUGGAGGAUCUUCAAGGUGAAGAUCAUCAGGAUAAGUUACACGGAGAUGAUGCUAUGGAAGAAGAUGAUGAGAUCGUGCUUGCUGGUAGUGGUGUCAAGAAGCUUCCUGAUGUGCGUGGCUCUGCAUUCUCGAAAUACGCUUCUAAUGAGGUGGCUCUUACUAUGAAUGUUGACUCUCCAGAGGAGAUGAUGGGUUUGUCUAAGCUCAAGGAGGCCUCUCAGAGGAAGCGAAUGGAAUUGAAUGCCAAUUUGAAGGCUGUGAAUGGUGCUGGUGUUGCUUCUGGUACUGGUGUUGGUGUUCUUGGUAACAAGUCUGCUGGUGCUGUUGGUGUCAAGAAUAGCAAGAACAAUGGCAAAUUGCCUCUCAAGACUAAGCAAGACGCCCGUAGGGCUCAAUGA